UGCGUCCGUCCGUUAACGGACCAGUUAGUCAUCAUCAUCAUCAUCAUCAUCUCCUAAUUUCUCCUCAAGACUUCUCUUUCUUUUAUUUUUCUUCCUGUUCUGUUCGAUUCCCAAUUCUCCUGUACCUGUACAAUCAGCGACCACGAGACUGCAGGAUUGGGUAAAAGUACAGCGGUGCAGGAAAGAUCUUCCGCUCUCACAGCUAACCUAGAUCAAAGGUCAAGAGUCAGAGGUCAUGCCCUCAGUGUGAACCACCAUGUUCCACACAUUCCCCAACAAGUCCAAGCCGCGUUCCCCAGUCUCUCUGGAGAAGACCUACUCGCUCACUGCACACUACGACGACUUCCAGGAAGUGAAGUAUGGCAGCCGGUACAGCAGCAACGGCAUGAGCUUGACUCUGGGCGGGUCGCUGGAACGGAGCGGGCGGUCCCGGGCUGGGGCAGGAGGCGCGGUCAGUGGGGGUAAGUCCUCUAGUAACGCGAGGUGGAGUCACCGUGAGAUCUGCCUGCUUUCUGCUCUGGUGUUUGCUGGUGGCGUGUGUGUGAUCCUGGGCUGCAUGCUGGCACUGAAGUUAGUCUGGCUGGACGCUCAGGACACUCAGUGCGAGCGGGAGUGCGGGACACACCGGCGCUCGCUGCUGAGGGCUGCUCGCUUUGUCCAGGCCAAUGUAGACGCCAGCGUGGCUCCGUGUCAUGACUUCUACAGCUUCGCGUGCGGCGGCUGGCUGCGACGACACGCCAUUCCUGAGGACAAACUCAGCUACGGCGUCAUCACGGCCAUCGGAGAGCAGAACCAGGAGAAGCUCCAGCGUCUGCUGGAGGAACCGGUCAGGAGGAAGGGACCUGACAGUGCUGAGAGAAAGGUGAAGGAGUUUUAUCGCUCCUGCGUAAACAUUCAGGAAAUCGACCGACUUGGAGCCCAGCCCAUGAUGGACGUGAUUGACAGCUGUGGUGGGUGGGACUUGGCUGCAGCUCCACCUAAAGGUGCGGGUUGGGAAAGCGGCUCCGUCCAGACGAGACCUGACUUGAAUGAGAUGCUGUAUAGGACCCAGGGGGUGUACAGCACAUCCGUCUUCUUCUCACUCACUGUUAAUGUGGAUGACAAAAACUCCUCACGCAAUGCCAUACGAAUAGAUCAGGAGGGCUUGACGUUGCCUGAGAGGACUCUGUACCUGGGCCAGGAUGAGGACAGUGUGAAGAUCCUUGCGGCCUACAAAGCGCUAAUGGAGCGGCUGCUGAGCAUGCUGGGAGCUCAUAACGCCACGGUGAAGUCCCGCGAGAUCCUGGACCUCGAGAUGAGUCUGGCUAACAUCACUGUGUCUGAAUUCGAGGAUCAGAGAAAAGACAUCAGCAGCAUGUACAACCGCAUCACACUGAAACAGCUCCAACGCAUGGCUCCUGCUCUGCACUGGAAGCGGCUGCUGGACAGAAUAUUCCACGAUAAUUUCUCAGAGGAGGAGGAGAUCGUGGUCCUGGCCACAGACUACAUACACAAAGUCUCUGACAUCAUCAAGACCACGUCGAAACGGGUUCUGCACAACUACAUGCUGUGGAGAAUAGUAGCGGCGCUCAGCGAGCACUUAUCCACAGGGUUCCGAAGCACGAUCCACGAGUUCUCACGGGAGAUCGAUGGAACCGAGCGACAGCUGGAGCUCAACCAGCUGUGUCUCAAUCAGGCCAAUAAACACUUCGGCAUGGCGCUGGGCGCGCUCUUCGUCCAGACACACUUCUCCUCUCGCAGCAAGGCCAAGGUACAGGAGCUGGUGGAGGACAUAAAGCACUCGCUGGACGUCAGACUGCAGGAGCUCGACUGGAUGGAUGAAGAAACCAAGGAGGCAGCGAGAGCCAAGCUCCAGCAUAUGAUGGUGAUGACAGGUUAUCCAGACUUUCUGUUAAAGCCGGAGCUCAUCGAUCAUGAAUACGGGUUUGAAGUGAGUGAGAAGACGUACUUCAAAAACAUUCUAAACAGCAUCAAGUACAACAUCAAAAUGUCCAUCAACAAGAUCCACAAGGAAGUGGACAAGACCACGUGGCUUCUACCACCGCAGGCACUCAAUGCUUACUAUCUUCCAAACAAGAACCAGAUGGUUUUCCCAGCAGGAAUUCUCCAGCCGACUCUGUACGAUCCAGAAUUCCCACAGUCUCUAAAUUACGGAGGAAUUGGAGCCAUUAUUGGACACGAGCUAACACACGGAUACGACGACUGGGGUGGUCAGUAUGAUCGCUAUGGUAACCUGAAGCAGUGGUGGACUGAGGAUUCUUACAAAAAGUUCCAGAAGAAAGCAGAGUGCAUCAUCAAACUCUACGACAACUUCACCGUCUACAACCAGCGGGUAAACGGACGCCUCACCCUGGGAGAGAACAUCGCAGAUCUCGGGGGGCUGAAACUCUCCUACUACGCGUAUCAGAAGUGGGUGAGGGAUCACGGUCCAGAGCGCCCGCUACCAGGCCUCAAAUACACACACGAGCAGCUGUUUUUUAUAGCCUUUGCCCAGAACUGGUGCAUGAAGAGGCGGUCUCAGUCCAUAUACCUUCAGCUGCUGACUGACAAACACGCCCCCGAACACUACAGGGUCAUCGGCAGCGUGUCUCAGUUCGAUGAGUUCGGCCGUGUGUUUCACUGCCCGAAGGAAUCGCCCAUGCAUCCUGUCGACAAGUGCUCCGUCUGGUGACCUUCUGACCUUCAUCUCUGACCUUUGACCUCUCACCAUUCCUCAUCCAUCCAGAUUCCUCCGUCUGUACUCAGCGGACCCUGAAAUCCCGCCCACACAGUGCUGCUACGUGUGCUGCUACGAGCUUAGCGUGUUCGUCCGAUAAUAAACCAAACCGCGUCGUCAUGGUUACAGUGGACGUUGUAAAUGAGCACCUAUAAAGUGUUAUACUAUAACAGCACAUGUGCAAAUACAUACAUACUGGCUGGCUAACUAGUUAGCUUACUGACUAGCAUGCUACCUAGCUAGCAUAAUAAAGUUUAAGCCCAAUUUUAGAAAAUAUAUUUCUAAAAUAGUUUCUUUUUCUUUUUUUUUUGUUUUCUUUUUUUUAAUAAACAUCUUCACCCACACAAUGUCCUCGGGGUCUGACCUGAACCCAGAGCGGAGACGUUUACAUUCAAGUUUUUUACAUUAAACAGAUAAACAUCUGAAGCAGUUCGACUGAAACAAGAGUCAAGUGAAGCUUUUUUUUUUUAAAUCAGUCUUUGAAAUGGCUAAAAAGUUUCAUUUAAUAAAAUUCCGUAAUGUUUUCUUUAUUUAUUCCCCAUCGAGUUUUCCCAUCGCUGCUCUCCUGCACGUCUUUAAACUUAUUUUUUCUACAUAAAUAUAACCUUAAAGAAUCGGAUACUUAUUUAUUUUUAUAUUCUAAUUAACAUGGUUUAUUCUUAUUAGUGAUAAGAACUAGUUUUGCCGUGUGUGUGUGUGUGU